AUGGUCCCACUCCCACACCAACUGUUCUCACUCCCACACCAACUCCUGCACCAACUGGUCCCACUCUCGCACCAAACUCGUCCCACCCCUGCACCUACUCCCGCACCAAAUGGUCCCACUCCCGCACCUCCUACACCAACUGGUCCCACUCCUACACCUACUCCUGCGCCAACUGGUCCCACUCCUAUAUCAACUCCCACACCAACUGGCCCCACUCCUGCACCAACUGGUCCCACUCCAGCACCUACUCCUGCGCCAACUGGUCCCACUCCUAUAUCAACUCCCACACCAACUGGCCCCACUCCUGCACCAACUCAUGCACCAACUAGUCCCACUCCCGCACCUACUCCUGCGCCAACUGGUCCCACUCCCACACCUACUCCUGCACCAACCGGUCCCACUCCCGCACCAAUUCCUGCACCAACUAGUCCCACUCCUGCUCCUACUCCUGCACCAACUGGUCCCACUCCUGCACCAAACUGGUCCCAUCCCUGCACCAACUGGUCCCACUCCUGCACCAACUGGUCCCACUCCCAUACCUACUUGUGCACCACUCCUGUACCAACGUACCAACUGGGCCAACUGCAGGUCCCACUGCUGGCCCAACUGCAAACCAUUUCUUAA